AAUACAGGAAAUUACUAUUAGAGUCCGAUAAAGCUACACAAACUCUUCAACAAAAUGGUACUGGCUGGUAUAGAGCUAUUAAUCGGGCUAAAAAGCUUAGUCAGAAAAAUGAUCGUAUUCAACACAAACUCACUGAGCAACAAGGUGAAAUUAAGCACCUUCAUGAAUUAAUCAAGAUAACAAGACCUGAAAUUAAUUUUGACGAUGAGGCAUAUUAG